AUGAUUCUGCAUCAGUUUUUGUCAGCUGGGAUGCUGCUGUACUACUUGGCAGCUAUAUUCAAAGGUCUUCAUCCACGGGUUGACGACGACUUCGUUGACAAGCUAAACUAUCAUUACACAUCAGCUAUAAUUUUCGCCUUUGCGAUUAUUGUCUCUGCGAAACAGUAUGUUGGCUAUCCUAUCCAGUGCUGGGUACCGGCUCAGUUCACUGAUGCAUGGGAACAAUACACAGAGAAUUACUGUUGGGUUGAGAACACUUAUUACCUGCCUCUUACUAGCGCUUUUCCUCUUGAAUAUGGAGAUCGAAGGGCACGCCAAAUCAGCUAUUAUCAAUGGGUGCCGUUCGUUUUAGCUUUGGAGGCACUCUGCUUCUACAUUCCGUGCAUAAUGUGGCGCGGACUUUUACACUGGCACUCAGGUUUGUAUUUCUGGAACUUCAAAUUCAACAUAAUGAAUGAAACGUGA